UAUAACAUGUAUGGACAAUAUUUCUUCAGACGAAAAUAGAUCGGAUACUGGUAGUUUUCGAUACACUGAUAGAAUCAUUGAGCCGAAGUGAACGUGUUGACUGGCAUUCAACGCACGUUAUUUCCGACAUGACUGCAUUCAGUAUACAGGAAAUAGUUGAAGGAAAGAGUCAAAGUUAUGCAAUGGGUUCACGUACUGGAAUAAGUGGUUUUCGCUUAAACUUUCCGUCACAGGACAAAAUAGGCAAACUUAACAAAACAACUCUUGUAACUGGUACAAUAGAUGGACUGAAGGAUGUUUUAACCCCAGUUCUUGCGGGAGAAACUACAGAGAAAAGAAGUUUGACAGUGACAGGCCAAGUGGUGUCAGUGAUACUGGAACCGGCUCCUACUGGUCCAUUCGAAAUUCAGCUGGAUAUAUCAACACAUGACAGUGGCGUCAAGGAGACUUCGAGGAUUUGUGCUUUUCUGCAGAAGAGAUCAGAUAGGUAAUGACGUCUUUCAUGGCAUCUCAUUGUACAGUUUCAAACAUGAAUUGUCAGUUUGUUUUGUAAAGCAAAUGACUUAAGGUCAAGUCACUUUAGUCUUACAUCACAGCGUUUAAACGCUUAACUCGGGAUUCGUAUCUACGUCUGUCUGUUUGGAUGUGAUCAUUAGUGCUGUGAUAUAUCUACUCGGCA